AUGGCGUAUGAUACAAUUGACUUUAUUUUCCGAUUGUUUUCUUUCAGAUGUAAAAGGCUAUUUUUGCAAAGAAAUUUUAUCUCUAACUUAAAGAAACUUCCAAAGCUGCCAAUACUGGAACAUUUAUCUYUACAACAAAAUGGUAUCGAAAGCUUGGAUGGUUUGGAAGUUCUUCUAAAUACACCAAUCAAAUCCUUAAUUUUGAAGGGAAAUCCUGUAGAAYUGUUACCCAAUUAUCGCCAGCAGGUUUUUCGAAYUCUUCCAAAUCUCARRAUCCUUGAUGGAACUCCGAAACUUGAAAGUGAUGUAGACGAUUCUCUGAUGGAGACAGUAACGAAAACAUGCAUUGUAUCAUAGCAUUCAAGAGUUUUAGAAACAAGGAAAUUUAUAGAAAUAAGAAAAUUUAUAUAUAUUUUUUAUAUUUAAAUUUGGACAUGAUUUUUUACUCCAUAUAAAAUAAUAUAGAUAUAGAACUGCCCAAGCUAAAUAUAAGGUGUCUGUGGAAUAAGCUUCAAAAUAUUGUUUUGCAAGCACUGUAUCUUUUUCCAUGUUUGUUUUUGAAAGUAUAUACAGUCAAUCUAAAUAACUUUGUUCAAUUCUUCCUACAAAUGUGAAAAAAYAAUUUUAUAAAUGUAUGAUUUUGUUGUUGUUGUUGUUGUCUUUCUGUCUUUACAAUUGAACAACGUUAAUGGAAUUGACUGUAUCUUAAUUAGCUUUUGCAAACACAUGACCUGUAGAAAAAUAAUUAAACUCAAAAAUAGCAAAGUUAGUGUUAUUACUUCUUUUAAGCCAAAGUACUUUUAAUCACAAGAUAUCCAUUUGUAAAUAAGAAUUUGUAUAAACAAAAUGUAUUUAAUCAUCAAUAUUGUAAAUAAAAACAAUUCGUCUAUAAUAA